AUGCCGAAAGCCACCCCCUUCAACCCACCAUCAGCCAGUCUUCCCGGUAAACCCUCAGUCCCAGAAUGGGUCCCGCCACCGGUGACAAAGGAAACUCACAACUUCGCGAAGCUGAAAUCCAUUGAUCUGUCCUUGAUGGACUCAGAGGACCCAGCUGUAGUUGAGGACCUUGUUCAGCAGGUCAAGACUGCCAUCCGCGACGACGGUUUCCUUUUCCUUGAGAACUACGGGAUUUCUCUCGAGCAGCUGCAUCGUCAAUUCGCUAUUGCUCAAUAUCUUUACCACAACAUCAGUGAAGAGGACAAGUCGCGCCUGCUCUUCGACCCUGAGACGGGCAGAUGGUCCGGCUACAAGCACCCAUAUGGAUUCAAGAAAACGCGUGCCAUUCCCGAUGGCAUUGAGCAAUUCAACUGGUACAAGGAUGACUGGGAAGACAUCAACCGUACUCCCAACUGCUUGCGCCCCUUCAUAGACGAGAUCGAAGCCUUCUGCGCCUACCUGACUGGCUCCGUUAAUCGCCGCCUUCUCACCCUCUUCUCGCGCGUGCUCGAGCUUCCCGACAACUACCUCUGGGACAACGUCCAGUCACACGGCGGUCCAACUGGCGAGGGCUACUUCCGCCACGCCCUCUUCCGCCCAGUCGAGAAGACCACCGAGGCAGCAUCCAAGGGCCUCCGCAUGCACGGCCACACCGACUUCGGCCUCACGACUCUGCUGUUUUCUGUCCCCAUCUCGUGCCUGCAGAUCUGGGGCCGCGACGAACAGUGGUACUACGUCCCCUACAAACCGGGAGCGCUCGUCAUCAAUAUCGGCGACACGCUCGAGAUUGUGUCCGGCGGCCACUUUAAGGCUACUCGUCACCGCGUAUACAGACCUCCCGUGGACCAGCUCCAGGAGGAGCGACUCUCGCUGGUUCUGUUCAACAGCUCCGUUGGUGAUUUGCGCAUGACUCCUGCGGCGUCUUCGCCCCUCAUCCACCGUGAAGGCUGCGUUGAAGAGCAGGGCGUGUAUAAAGAGUACGCCAAGCGUAUGAGCGCCGGCCAGCUUGUACCCACCAACCGCCAGUGGCGCGAGAUGCAGAUUUCUACGGCCACAGACCCAACAGAUACCGUGCGCAACCGCAUUGGUGCUGAUCAGGUUCUGAUUGACGGUAAGCUUAUGCAGCAACGAGAGUACAUGGGUGUCAAAGUUGUACUGCCCGUUUAA